UCAUAAGGCCAAUAGUGGAUUUGCUGAUGCAGACGCUUCACUCGAGAAAUUCUUGUGAAGAUGACACUCAUCAGAGUCUGACCAUGGCCAUCUAUAGCUCACUUUCUCUCUCUACCUAUAUCUCCCUUGGCCCACCUGCAAGUGAGUGCAUGCACAAGACGGAGUGUGCUAUAACUCUCAUUCGCCAUCUCUCUAAUCUCCUCUCUCUACUCUCAUGAGGGCAUAUAAGACAUGAAGGUGUUCAGGGGCAAGAUUUGGGCAGCACUAGGGUCACUCAUGGAUCAUGCAGGCGCAGCCUCCAACAAGGCUUCCACGGCGGCGGUGCCAGACCGAGCGCUCCUCACGGACAUCGAGGCGGCCAUCGCGCGGUGCACGGACGGUGGAGGGGGCGGGAGCGUCGGUGACGACCGCCACGUCCACGAGAUCCUCUUCCUCGUCUCCAACGCCCCGGGCGCGAUCACCUUCCUCUCCCGCCGCAUCACGGCGCGCCUAGAGGCCGCGCGGGCCCCGGCCACCGCGCUCCGGUCUCUACUCCUCGUCCACCGCCUCCUCCGCGCAGGCGACCGCUACUUCGAGCAGGACUUCCGAGGCCUCUGGGCCUCCCACGACCUCCGCGUCGACGCGCCUCGUUGCGCCUGCUCCUGUUCUCCCCUCGCUGCCUCCGGCGCCGGCGUCAACUAUGUCACGGCCAGCACGGUGACCGCCACCGGAGCGUGCUCUUUCCUCCACGGCUACACGGCCUACCUCGAGGAGCGCAUGCAGUGGGUGAUCAACCAGUCAGGCAACCUGGAGCCCACCCGGCCCUCGCCACAAGAUCACGACGACAAGCCGCACCCCGCCUCCUCCUACGACGCCGCCGCCGCCGAGACGCUCCUCUUCAAGCUCGCCAUGUGCCAGAGGCUGCUUGACGUUGCUGUCCAGCUGUUGCCGGACAACAACACAAGCGCCAGCGCCGCCGCGCGGUCAGCCUUCGGCAUUGUGCUCCGGGAGAGCUUCAAGGUCUACGACGCCUUCAAUGAAGGCAUCGACGUGCUGCUAAGGUCGAGAAGCAUCGGUCUUCUCAGCAAGUCUCUCAGGGUUUCAGCUCAGGAGGUGCUGAGGAAGGCGUGCGCUCAGACGCCUGAGCUGAAAGAGUUCUACCACAAGUGCAAGAAGAACAAUGUCGGCAAGAUCACGGACUACCCUGUCGUCAGGGUCGUUACGCUGGCGCAGGCCUCGGCAAUUGAGAUCAUGCCGCCGGUCUGUGAAGAGGAUGGCCGGGAGGAGCUUGGCGGCGCCGGUGUGGUGGUGCAGGAGAACGAAGGCGACGCGCCGUUUGAGAGCAAGCUGGAGACGACUAUCAGUGCGGUGUGGGUCGAGUUCGACGACGAAGAUCACCAGGAUGGCCGUGAGGUUACCGGCGAUGAUCGCAGCAGCUAGCCUAGCUACUACUACUAGUAUGUAGGAGUUCUUUUUUUUGCAAUGUCCAAGUAUAUUAAUUUUGAGUGAUUGGAUUGGUCUCCUCGAUCCCCUCUUCUUGUGUGCAAGGUUAAUCAUUCUAAAGGAUCCGUGUCUUCAUUCAGCUGGCAAGAUAAUCCAAUAAUAUUCUUUUUCACUUGAAGUUC